UGAAACAAGAAAAAAAACCGCAAAGCGCAAUCCAGCGCAAACUGAAACGCGACGCUACUUUGAUUGAUUUCGAUAAACAAAAGCGAUUUAUAUCCAAUAAAGAUUACAGAAAAGUUACAAAUGUCUACUUAUAACGUAGAAAAAUAUAUGUUCAAAAGUAAGGGUACAAUAUCAGUGUUUUAGUGUGUAAUAAAUAUUAUAGGUGAAUUAAACAAGUCGAAAAUUUCAAGAACAAACAUUGGAUUGUUACAAUUACAUUUUGCACUGCUAAUAUAGGUAAUUCUGACUGAUUCUUGAGCUCUUUAGUUGUAGGAUAUUAUAAUUAUAAAUAGAAUAAAAUAUGGUUUCGACACGAGGCGUACGUUACAAGUUUAGUGAAGGAGAGCGUGUGUUAUGCUAUGAGCCAGACCCUACAAAAGCUAAAGUUCUUUACGAUUCCAAGGUGCUAGAAGUUAUAGAAAGUAAAGACAAACGUGGAAGACGCACAGUUGAAUACCUAAUUCACUUUCAAGGCUGGAAUUCAUCUUGGGAUCGUUGUGUCAGUGAAGACUUUGUUUUAAAAGAUACGGAGGAAAAUAGACAGUUACAACGAGACCUUGCUGAAAAAUCACAAUUACAGCUUGGUGCCUAUCUAUAUCGACGGGAGCGUAAAAAGGGUGGUAGCUCAAAUACAAUUGCGGGACCUGCAAAACGUGCUCGUCAUGGCUUCAGCGAUGAUGGAUCCUCUAGCAGCACACAACCUGAUGAAGGUGAGACUGGUGAUACGGAUUCAUCAUCUGGUUCCGGUUCUAGCUCACAGCCGCACUCGCCUCCCCCACACGCACAUCUUGGACGAGCUCACAUACCUCUACCUUCUGCUCUCAGAGACCGAUUGACAUUCGACUAUCACCUGGUAGUGAAGCGGGGUCGGGUGUCCGUGCUGCCGGCGGCGCCUUGCGCGGCGCAAAUCUUGGAAUCGUUUGUGAAGUGGUUCGCGCGCGCCGGCGCUUGGCACCCCGCGCGCGCCAAGCACGACCCGCCGCGUCGUCCCGACCUCCUCGACGUCUCUUGCAGAUUAAAUUUAGUACGCGAAGUGGCGGAUGGUUUACGGGUGUACUUUGAUUUCGUUCUGCGUGGACAUUUGCUGUACAAACAAGAAUUGAAUCAAUACCACGAAAUAUGCGGACAGUACAUUGAAGAAGAGAUGCCAGAAGACGUCAUUAAAUCAGAAGUUGAAGAUGAUGAAAACAAUUCCCAAGAUGACGGUACAUUUGCUUCAGCUGAGGAAGACUUAAAGAGCCCUAAAAUGCCUGAAUAUUCUCAUUUACCACCAGAUCCUGUUGAAGGAGAGAAACCUGCAGGUUUACCACAAACGAAUAGUUAUGAAGAAUCGCCGAAAAUAGAAGCAAACGAUAAAUUAUCCACUAGAAAUGAUUCAACUAGUGAAGACAAUCAGAAUAAUACGUGGGCAUCGGCGAAAAGCCGCGAGGGUCGCUCUGUGACGCGAAGCGGAAACGUCGCUAGGAGACUACGCUCUUAUAAGUCAGCGGUGUCACAGUCAGAAAACGAAGAGCCAGCCCCUUCCACUUCUACGGGUGAACCACGCACUUUUGAAACACUUUCCUCCAGCGUGGGCAGCAGCGGUUCGUCGAUGAGCGAGAGCUGGUCCCGCCCGACGCAGGCUACACCGGCCGUGCCCCCUACCACGCGGACACCUCUCUCGCUACUACUUGAUAAGGUAGCGAAAUGGCAGAUAAUACCCCGUGAAGGAACCGAGCAUCUCCCGUGUCGAGUUUACGGCGCAAUACACCUCGCUCGGCUUUUUGUAAAAUUACCGGACUUCUUGAAUGCAACGCAGAUGCCAGACUUCAAGUUAAAGUUAAUUCUGAAACACAUUGAUAUGUUUGUUCAAUACCUAGAUGAACAUAGUGAAUGGUUUGGUGAAACAUAUUACAUAGCGGAUAAUACGUCGCGUUCUCAUUGACCCCGGAAUAAAAUAAGAACCAGAAUUCAAGAAUUCAUUCCAGAGUCAUUAAAAUAAUGUGUAUAUAUAUAAAUACAAUAAUUUCCUUAA